AGGCUGAAACGCCAAAAGCACUCUAGAGAAAAAGAUAUUUUGUUUUCAAUUGCUAGGGUUUGUGAGGCCGUUUGAGAGGAAAAAAAUGGGCAGCGAAAGGUUAACUGGUAAAGUGAAAUGGUUCAGUGACCAAAAGGGAUUUGGGUUCAUAACGCCAGAUGAUGGCUCCGAAGAUCUGUUUGUUCAUCAAUCGUCGAUUCGAACCGAUGGAUUCCGCAGCCUAGGUGAGAACGAAGAGGUUGAGUAUCAGAUCGAACACUCCGAUGAUGGCCGUAGUAAGGCUGUUGAUGUCACUGGCCCUAAUGGUAACCCUGUCCAGGGUUCCCGCGGCGGAGGCGGCGGCGGGGGUGGUGGUAGAGGCGGUAGAAGCUCUGGUGGGGGUUAUGGUGGUGGUGGGUAUGGUGGUGGAGGGUACGGUGGCGGCGGCGGCUAUGGCGGUGGUAGCAGAGGGAGGUCCAGCGGUGGUGGUGGUGGGUAUGGAGGUUCUGGUGGCGGCGGGUGUUUUUCUUGUGGUGAAAUGGGGCAUAUGGCUAGGGAUUGUCCUCAGGGAGGCGGUGGCGGCGGUGGCGGUGGCGGGAGGUAUGGAGGCGGCGGGGGAGGCGGCGGGGGCUGUUAUAACUGUGGUGAAUCUGGUCAUUUCGCAAGGGAGUGCCCUAACAGUGGGCGCUAAGCUUAAGGUUAAAAUGGGUUAACUUGUAAAAUGUGAUUGUUUAGUCACGUUUUACUUGCUCUAUCUGUUUUCUUUCAUGGUAACUUUUAUUUCUUUUUUCUUUUCUGUCAAUGACGAUGAUUUAGGUCGUUUCCUGGUGACCCAGUGAACUGCUUUGGCAAAAGGUUGGGUUUAUUUUGCUUAUCCAGUAUGUUUUGGUUUCAGUGGCCCUUUUAGUUAUUAUUGUUAUUGUCUGCGUUUUGGGUCUUCUAGUUUAUUGUUAGGAUUUCUUCAGAUCGGUAUGGUGAUGGUGAUAGGUCCUUUAAGGUUAGGGGCAGUAGAGAGAUUAUUGGUUUUAAUGUUGAUAAAUGUUAUGAGCAAUUUUAAAACUGUAGAACUCUCACUGUUUUCGAAAGGUGUUUAUACACAAUUAUAUAAAUAUACAUGCUGGUUUGGUAUCAA